AUGGCUUCGGUUUUUCUUCUUCUUCUUCUUCAUCUUCCCCUAUUCCUUGUUGUUGCUCGACCCAAGGGCAAAAUAACUGUUGGAUCUUCUCUCACUGCAGGAAGCGGCACUGAUUCUUUAUGGCUUUCACCUUCUGAAGAUUUUGCAUUUGGAUUUCACCCACUUCAAAAUGAUUCCUUCAUGCUUGCCAUCUGGUAUUACAAACUAUCCGGCCAAUUCACCACAGUUUGGUAUGCAAAUGGAGGGAAUCCAGCUUCCAAACUGGACCUAACUUCUGAAAAUGGUCUCGUCCUCAAAUAUGGUGCUCAACAAUUAUGGAGAUCUGGAAAAACAAGACCUGCUGAAGUAGCCUAUGCUGUGAUGAAUGACAGAGGAAACUUUAUACUCCUAGAUGUUAGUUCUAAAUCCGUAUGGCAGAGCUUCAACCAUCCCACUGAUACACUGUUGCCUUCUCAGAUCAUGGAGUUAGGUGGUUUUCUUUCUGCCAGAACAAGUAACAACGAGUUCUCUCCUAGAAGAUACCAGUUUCGUUUCGAUCUUGAUGGCCUGUAUGUAUUGAGAAGAGAUGAAAGUAAAAUCUUUAUUAGAAAACUGGAAGAUCCAGUCUCAAAUCCUUUGGGCUAUCAUAUCAGAGUGAGUCUUAAUUUUGAUGGGGCUCUUACCAUAAACUCUCACUCCAAAGAUCCGUCUGCUGCAAAUGAAAUAUGGAGAACCAUAACAUCAAUACCGCACAAUGUAUGCUCCGCGGUAAAUGGAGAAAUGGGAGGUGGAUGGCCGCGGACCAAAUUUCAUACUGGGCUGUAUAGUAGUUCGGGGCAAAUUCACCAGAACCACUUCAUGCAGGAGAUAUUAAACGUUAAUUUUCCAUUUUCGGAUUGUGAGGUGCUUAGAUCUAUUAGCAGGGAGAGCUGCAAAAAUGCCUGUUUACAUGAUUGUUUAUGUGCAGCAGUCAUUUUUGACCCCGGUACCAUGCGCUGUUGGGAGAAGAGGCUUCCACUUUCCAAUGGGAAAUUUGAAUUUAAUGCCAUAGCUUAUCUCAAAACAGCUAAUAUCCCACACAAGGACCAGAGCAUAGUGGUUUUUCUGCCAUCGUCGGUACUCUCAGGCCAUUCUCUGUUGGUAAAUUCUGUAUUUAUGAGUGCAAGAUUUGUGGGUUUCUUUUUGUACUUAAAGAGGAAGGUCCCUAAAGUUGAGGUUUGUCCAAAUGAAAGUAGACUUAAAGUUGAGGUUUCUCCAAAUGAAAGUAGAUUGCAGCAAUUUACCUACGAGGAGCUGACAGAGGCCACAAAUGGAUUCAAGGUAGAACUAGGCAGGGGAUCUUCUGGGAUAGUUUACAGAGGUGAAACGAGAUCAACUGGUCUCAUCGCAGUCAAGAUGUUAGACAGAGUGUUUGAAGACAAUAACACAAUAUUCAAAAGAGAAGUUAACAUUAUAGGCCAAACAAAUCACAAGAAUGUUGUCCGGCUUGUUGGUUAUUGUGAUGAGGAACAACACAGGUUGCUGGUGUAUGAGUUCUUGGAAAAGGGCACUUUAGCAAGAUCUCUACUUGGAGAAGUAAAACCCAGUUGGACACAGAGGAAAAAAACUGCAUUUGGGAUUGCGAGAGGACUUAAUUACUUGCAUAAGGAAUGCAGAAAGCGGAUCAUCCACUGUGACAUAAAGCCUGAAAACAUACUUCUGGAUGAGAACGAAGAUGCUCGGAUUUCUGACUUUGGAUUGGCAAACCUUUUGUCUCCCAAUCAAAUCAAUACAAAACCCAAAAUCAGAGGAACAGAAGGAUAUGUUGCCCCUGAUUGGUUCAGGGCUGGGCCGGUGUCUGUGAAGGUUGAUGUGUAUAGUUUCGGUGUGGUGCUGCUAGAAAUCAUUUGCUGUAGAAGAAAUAAAGAUUUGGAAACUGAUGGGAAAUUUUUUAUAGAAUGGGUUUAUGAUUGCUGUUCGAAAGGUUAGGUGAUCUGGUUGAAAACGAUAAGGAGGCCAUGGAUGAUAUAAAGAUGGUAGAUACAUUUGUGAAGGUUGCCAUUUGUUGCGUCCAGGAUGACCCCCAUAUAAGACCCAACAUGAAGAAGGUUAUGAUUAUGCUUAAAGAAAUAGUUCAGGUUUCACUUCCGCCACGUCCAUUUUCGUAUUCAUCCUUAGAAAUUGAGGACAUUGUUCCUAGGAGUUGAAGCUGGUUUUAAAUCGAAUAAAAAUACAUUUAUACA